AUGUCGCUUCUUCAUCUCUGUCGCUUCCCCCUCUCUCAUUCAUCGCUGUCGCUUCCCCUCUCUUUUUCAUCUCUAUCGCUUCCAAUCAAUUUUCGUCUUUGUCUCUUUCAAUUUCUUUAUCUCUGGUGUUUUCAAUCAAUUUCCUAUGUCUAUCAUUUCCAAAAUCUCCUCUUCAUCUCUAUCGCUUCCAUUCAAAUCUUCAUAUCUGUCGCUUCGAACCUAAACAUCAUCUCUGUCGAUUCCAACCACUUCUCCAUCUCUAUCGCUAAUCCUCUCUUUUUCAUCUCUAUCGUUUCCAAUCUCUUCUACAUCUCUGUCGCUUCCAAUCAAUUUUCGUCUCUGUUUUAUUUUCUUUUUCAUCUCUGGCGUAUUCAAUCAACUUCUUUCUAUCACUUCCAAACGCUUGUUGAUCUCUGUUGCUUUCAAUCUGGUCAUCAUUGUCGCUUGGAAAAUCAUUUUUGUCUCUUCUUCAACUCAUUCGCUUCCACUCACCUGUCCAUCAUCUCUGUCGUUUCAAAUCUUUCCUUCAUCUCUAUUGUUUUCAACGACUUCUUCAUCUCUAUCGCUUUCAAUCAAUUAUUCAUGUCUGUCGCUUCCAUUCUGACCAUCAUCUCUGGCGUUUCCGAUCUCUUCAUCAUCUCUAUCGCUUCCAACCACUUCGUCUCUAUCGCCUUUAAACAUUGCUUCAUACCUGUUGCUUUCAUUCUCUUCUUCUUCUUCUCUAUCACUUCCAAUGACUUCUUCAUAUCUGGCGCCUCCAAUCUCUUCUUUAUCUGUGUCACUUCCAAACUCUCCAUCAUCUCUGUCGCUUCCAUCUGUUUAUGUCUAUCUCUUACAUUCUUCUUCAUCUAUUUCGUUUCCAAUCUCGUCUCUAUCUCUAUCGAAUCCAACCCCUCAAUCAUCUCUGUCGCUUCCAAAGUCUUGUUCAUCUUUGUUUUUCCCAAUCACUUCUCCAUCUCUAUGGCUUCCAAUAACUUCAUCGAUUCUGUCCCUUCAUCUACAAUCUCUUCUUCAUCUUUAUCGCUUCUAACCACUUCCAUUAUCUUUGUCGCUUCUAACCACUUCUUCAUCUCUAUCGUCUUUAAAUACUUCUUCAUACCUGUUGCUUCCAAUCUCCUCUUCUUCUUCUUCUUCUUCUUCUUCUUCUUCUAUCGCUUCCAAUCUCUUAUUUCAUCUAUGUCGCCGAAAAUAUCGUCUUCAUCUCUCUCACUUUCUUUAUAUAUAUCACUUCCAAUCAGUUCUACCUAUCUGUCGUUUCCAAACUUUUCUUCAUCUCUAUCGCGUCUCCAUCAUUGUCGUUUCCAAUCUUUUCUUCAUCUCUAUCGCUUUCAACCAGUUCUUCAUCUCUAUCACUUCUUCAUCUCUACCGCUUCCAACCUCAUCAUUAUCUCUGUCGUUUCCACUAUUCUUCAUCUCGAUCGCAUCCAGUCUCUUCUUCAUCUUUUCUCCAUCAUAUGUGUUGUUUCCAAUGUUUUCUUCAUUUCUGUCGCUUCCAGUCAUAUCUUCAUCUCUAUCGAUUCCAAUCACUUCUUCAUAACUGUCGCUUCUAAACACUUCUUCAUCUCUAUCGCCUUUAAACAUUUAUUCAAACCUGUUUCUUUCAAUCUCUUCUUCUUCUCUAUCGCUUCCAAGCCGUUCUUCAUCUCUGUCGCUUUCAACCACUUCUUCAUCUCUCGCUUCCAAUCAAUUCUUCAUCUCUGUCGCUUCCAAUCAAUUCUUCAUAUGUGUCGCUUCCAACCUCAACACCAUCUCUAUCGUUUUCCAAUCUCUUCUUCAUCUCUAUCACCUUUAAACCCAUCUUCGUACCUGUUGCUUCCAAUCUCUUCUCUAUCAAUUCCACUUAAUUCUUCAUAUCUGUCGCUUCUAAAGUCGCCAUCUCUGUUGUUUCCAAUUUCUUCUUCAUCUCUAUCGCUUCCAACCACUUCCGUCAUCUUUGUCGCUUCCAACCACUUCUUCAUUUUUAUCGCCUUUAAACACUUUUCCUGUUGCUUCAACCUGUUGUCGCUUCCAAUAAUUCUUCAUCUUCUUCUUCAUAACUUCUCUAUCGCCUACAUCAUUUCUUCAUAUCUGUCGCUUCCAAUUUCUUCUACAUGUCUGUCGCUUCAGACCUCUUCUUCAUCUCUGUCGCUUCUAACCUCUUCUGUGUCUCUGUCGCUUCCAGUUUCUUCUUCAUCUCUGUCGCUUGCAAUCUAUUCUUUAACUCUUCUGUUCAUAGCUCUCUAUCUCUCACAGUAUGUUCACAUCUAUCUAUCUAUCUAUCUAUCUAUCUAUCUAUCUAUCUAUCUAUCUAUCUAA